AUGUACGAACAAGGGAACAGGAGAACACAGAAACAGGCCAACAGGAGAACACAGGAACAGGCCAAUAGGAGAACACAGGAACUUUCCAACAGGAGAACACAGGAACUUUCCCACAGGAGAACACAGAAACAGACCAACAGGAGAACACAGGAACUGACCAACAAGAGAACACAGAAACAGACCAACAGGAGAACACAGGAACUGAGCAACAGGAGAACACAGGAACAGACCAACAGGAGAACACAGGAACUGAGCAACAGGAGAACACAGGAGCAGACCAACAGGAGAACACAGGGACAAGGGAACAAGAGAACGCAGGAACAGACCAACAGGAGAACACAGGAACAAGGGAACAAGAGAACACAGGAACCGACCAACAGGAGAACACAGGAACAGGCCAACAGGAGAACACAGGAACAGGCCAACAGGAGAACACAGGAACAGACCAACAGGAGAACACAGGAACAGGCAAACAGGAGAACACAGGAACAGGCAAACAGGAGAACACAGGAACAAGGGAACAAGAGAACACAGGAACAAGGGAACAGGGGAACAGGAGAACCGGGGGACAGGGGAGAGGAGUGA